UCAAGUCCUUGGUCUGUCUCAAAUAAGGAGAGACUUUCACCCAGUAGCUCUCUCCUCUCUUUUGCUCUACCACACAUACCAAAAAGCUUUGCAAUGGCCAGUGCCCAAUGCUAACCUCCAAUCCCUCAAAGCUUCCCCCAUUCUCUUCUCUCUCCCAUCUUCUUCGAACUCUCUCAUCCAUUGCUGUUCCAUCUCACAACCACAUAUCACAUCUUCUACUCGAACAAAAAUCAGCCACCCAGGUCCUCGACACCUUCCAAUGGGCCUCCAAACUCCCCAGCUUCACCCACUCCCCGUCCACUUACCGAGCCCUCAUCCACAAGCUAUGCACCUUUCGCCGCUUCGACAUUGCCCACCAACUGCUCGACGAAAUGCCCCACUCAAUCGGCCUACCCCCAGACGACCACAUUUUCGUCACACUCAUUCACGGCCUCGGCCGAGCCCAUUUGGUGAAGCAAGUGAUCAAGGUGCUUGACUUGGUUCGCAAGUAUAACCAGAGACCUUCUCUCAAGAUAUUCAAUUCGAUACUCGAUGUUCUUGUGAAGGAGGAUAUAGAUAUAGCUAGGGAGUUUUAUAGGAAGAAGAUGGUGGCAAGUGGCGUCAAGGGUGAUGAUUAUACUUUUGGUAUCUUGAUGAAAGGUCUUUGUUUGACGAAUCGGAUUGGUGAUGGGUUUAAGCUUUUGCAGGCUAUUAAGUCGAGGGGAGUUGCGCCGAAUACUGUGGUUUAUAACACAUUGCUGCAUGCACUUUGCAGGAAUGGGAAAGUUGGGAGAGCAAGAAGCUUGAUGAAUGAGAUGGAACAUCCCAAUGAUGUGACUUUUAAUAUUUUGAUAUCUGGUUAUUGUGGAGAAGAGAAUUUAGUGCAGGCGCUUGUUAUGUUAGAGAAGUGCUUUGGUCUGGGGUAUGUGCCUGAUGUUGUCACGACAACUAAGGUGUUGGAAAUUCUGUGCAAUGAUGGUCGGGUAACGGAGGCUGUCAGGGUUAUAGAGAGAGUGGAGAGCAAUGGAGGGUUGGUUGAUGUUGUGGCAUAUAAUACCUUGAUUAAGGGUUACUGUCGGUUAGGGAAAGCAAAACUUGGUCUUCGCAUUUUGAAGGAGAUAGAGAGAAAAGGGUGUCUUCCAAAUGUUGAUACCUACAAUGUCUUGAUCUCGGGUUUUUGUGAGUCUGGGAUGUUGGAUAAAGCUCUUGAUCUGUUUAAUGAUAUGAAAACAGAUGGCAUCAAUUGGAAUUUUGCUACAUAUGAUACGUUAAUAAGAGGCUUGUGUUCAGGAGGAAGAACUGAAGAUGGGUUAAAAAUUUUGGAUUUGAUGAAUGAGAGCAAAGAUGGUUGUAGGGGUCGAAUAGGUCCUUUUAAUAGUGUCUUGUAUGGCAUGUAUAAGGAAAAACGUUUGGACGAAGCACUUGAGUUUCUUGCCAAUAUGGGUAAACUAUUUCCCAGAGCUGUUGAUAGGAGCUUUAGGAUUUUAGGUUUCUGUGAGGAGGGUGCCACUGAGAAUGCAAAGAAGGUCUAUGAUCAGAUGACUGUGGAAAGGGCAGUCCCAUGUGUUUUGAUUUAUGACUAUCUAAUCCAUAGAUUUUGCCAACAAGGGUGUGUUCGUCAAGCCUUUGAGCUUAUGAAUGAGAUGAUUACUCAUUGUUACUUUCCUGUUUCAUCGACUUUCAAUGUUCUGAUUAAUGGGUUUUGUGAGCAGGGAAAAGUUGGUAGUGCGCUAAAGCUCCUCAAUGAGAUGAUUGGUAGAGGUUGUUUACCCGAUAUAGAAAGUUAUAGUCAUUUGGUAGGUGCUCUUUGCCAGAAGGGGGAUUUUCAGAAAGCUUUAAAACUCGUUUUGCAAAUGGUAGGAAAGGGUAUCACUCCUGAUUAUUUCACAUGGAACUCGUUGCUUCUUUGUUCAAGUCGAGAGACUGUAUGGUUAAACAGCAAAAGUAUGUUUUAUGUGAACAAUCAAUUACGUUGUAUUAUUGAGGCUUAACUACAUUCCAGGGUUAAUAGUACUGAAUGAAAUAUCCUGUUUCACAGUACUACUGAGAGGUUACUCACUAUGUUCAGGUCUGUGGCUCAGUCCCUUUCUUAUCCCAAUACCGGUAUGCAUCUCUUUGUGAGUCCAAACCAAGCCCCUGUCAUCUCACUUGGCCACCACUUGUCGCAGAUUCCUUCACUUUGCUGAGGGAAGCUUAAAUGGUCUGGGAUCCUCCAGAGGGAUGUUAUCCUCUGUUAAGUUCAAGGUUUAGGGGCUUUUGGAGGAUGGAGUAGGGCAAAAGCCUUGUGGAAAUGCAAAGUUCUGGUGGUUAUAUAGGUCAUUUGGUUGGAAAGGAAUAAUCAGAUAUUGAGGAGCAUAAUUGUGGGAAUUUUUUUUUAUUGGUCAUCUUUCUGGGCUUUUGCUUCAGCAGCCUUUGGCGGUGUUCCUCUGUAUUCCAUUUUGUGGAAUUGGGUGGGCAGCAACUGUUUUCUCUUAAAGUUUUCUUUCUGGUGUUUCAUAGGUUUUGCAAUUUCUUUUUCAUGUCUAAACUCUUUUCUGCAAUUCAUCAAUUUUGAGUUUGAUACUUUGAUUUAAUAAAGUUUGUUUCUUCCUGCAACAUACCCCCGCGAAAGGAAAAAAAGAAAAAGGAUUUAGCCGCUGUAAUUGAUGUGUUCAGGAGGACUCCUCCCAUGACACACUUCCGAAUUUAAAUUACCAAAAUAAUUACUGUUAUACUUUAUGACCACGAAAAUCAUGGCUUCAAUACUUUGAAAUUGAAAAUGUAGGGUUGCAGCUUACAACUCUUGUAAUGUAAUAUAACCGAUGCAUACGUUAUGUUAGUUUGAUUUCUGUGUAUAAUCUUAGUCUGAUUGCUUCCAAGUCUUAUGUUCAAUUUUGUUCUGAGUGCAAAUGGUGGCCAAUCAAAACUUUUAGUUAAAACUUAAAACAGUUAUGUGUGAGUAGCUCAUAAGGAGCUCAUAGGUGGCCAAUCAAAAAUGUCUAUUGUCAAACAAGUUGCUUACAUGUCAGAAAUAAAAAGCUAUGAGCUGAAAAGUUGCUCAAAAUUUAGCUGAGGUUUAAAUUUUUGUUCAAGUUUUCAUAUAUUUGACAUAGUAAAUGGGACUAGGGGAGUCAUCACCAAAGUUUGAAAAAGAUGAAAGAGCAGAUAUCUUCGACUCCCCUUAAUAGUUAUUUUUCUCUUUUAGAGGACAAGUGAAGUGUUAAGUGUUGUCUUAUAUAUCACCAUUCAUUAGUAUAAAUUAUGAAUCUUUAACAGGCAUUGAGCCCUUGUUAGAUGAAACUAAUUUGUUAUAGUUGUCAAGUUUUAUCUUUGGUGGACUCAUUGUGCUAUGUUUUUCUUGUGUUUUCAAAAGAUGUUUCUUUCAGAAAAAAAAAAAAAACAGGUAAUUUCCUAAAAGCUUCCAUUGGAACCAAAUAAAUAAGAAAUGUUGAAUAAUUAAAGGUUUUCAAAGAAAAUGACAAGUAUCAGUAUUAUAUUAAGUUAUUAACCACUCUCUUUUAAUUCAUUAACUUUGAACUUUUUCAAUUUAAUGAUGAGGUGGCUAUAUCCAGUGCUUUGAUUGUGGUUGAUGUUGCUGCAUUUUGUUUGUGGUGUGCAGUCCUCAUUGCUAAACCGACUGAUUAUGGCAGCCAAGGUACGGCUUUUGGAUUGCUUCAACUGACUCUGGUUCGAUAAUUUUGCCCUAUAUAGAACAUUGACAGUACUAAACUCUAGUGACAAUGUGACAUUCAUGGAAAUACCUAGUUGGACGAGUCUCUUUCAUCGUGUUGGACCGAUUAGUGUUCAAGUUUGUCUUCAAUUAGUCUCCAUGCCAUCUGAUCCACAGUUUCAAGAUGGUGCAACAAAAGAUAGCCAUUACAUUUCUAGUAAACCUGUGAGAAGUAGAGGUGCUUGCUCAGGAAGGCAAGUCAAUAACUAGAAAUUCCUUCCCAGAUUUUUGUGGUUAGUAUGUUACUGCUUGUUUCCUUGGUCAGCAUUGUUUGCGCCCAUGUGGCUGGAGUUUACAUGCUUCUUGUGUGGUCUGCAUUGCUCAUUGCCUUGUUUGUGACAUACUGGUAAUUCCCUUGGAGCCUCGUUUGGGCAGUAUGGGUUAUAUCCUUUUCAUGUGUCUGCCAAAUGCUGGAAGGAAAAUUCUAGCACAUAUCUGCUUGGCAUCUUCUAUCCCUUUUCAGCAAUUCUUCUGCUUGUAUCACUGGAUCCAUCAACGUCUAUCAUCAUUUGCUCAUAAUGGGAUUCUUAAUAUCUUGGAAUGAUCAAACUACAAACAAAUUUUGCAGCUCAGCUUUUGCAGAGGUAGUUCUUGAGAGACCCCAAAAGAAAUGUGUAUGUUUUGGACAGAUGUUUCCGUUCCAUACUUGCAUCAUUUGCUUCCCCGGUAGUUGGAAUAUUGGCUCAGUCGUGUAGUUCUAAACAAGGGAUGCUCCUCAAGAGUGGGAUCUGAUGGGAGCUGUAAUAGAACCAGAAAGCAAAUGUAAUUAGAAAUUUCAUCUGCAGGAGAAGAUCAUUCUUGUGUUCGGCUUCCUGAAUCACAAGUGAAGACAUACAUAUCAAUGAUAGAAUUGCCAUUUGAAAUUGACGAGAUGAACAUAAAUUGCUGUUCAUUCUGCAGACUUGUGUACUCUCUUGUUGCCUAAGUUUGACGGAGACUUAGCAGUAUCUGGAUUGUUCACCGACAGCAGAAUUUAUACUGUGUUACUGUACCAAUAGAUAAAUCUAACACUCCAUAUUCAACACUUCAUAAUUAUUACUGUUACCUUGAUAGAAUUUAGAAGUGAGUGGUUCUUCCACGAUCCAGCGGGGAUUUCCUUUCUUA